AUGGCGGGAAGGCCAAAUUUCGUUGACCCGUUAUCAGUGGCCAAUUCUGACACAACGCAGAUUGCAUCCUCAAAUCCUCUACAAAAAGAAUCUAGUAAUCUUCGGAGAGCUCCUUCACAUUGGCAGAAGCUUAGGGAACGUAUUUUAGUUGAAGAAACUUUACCUCCUUUGCCCAAGUUAACUACUAUUGUCAACAAUAAUGAAGAACAAGAACCAGAGUCUCCAGUAUCCCCACGUUCAGAUGCUGGCAGUUCCAGUUCUAAAUCGACUACUCAUUCUCGGGCGAAUUCAAAGCAUAAUCUACAAGUUAACCCGUUUCGUAAUGUACUUCGUUUUAAGACAACCGUACAGCAGCGGACUGACGUAGAUAAAAUGGAAAAAGACUUAGAAAAACUUUUGAAUCGAAGAUAUGGUGGACACAUUUUUAACAAUACUGCCGGAAGUGCCUUGGGUCCUACAGGAAUCGUAGGCCAGAUACCAGUUACAGAAUUAGUUAUGAAAGGUCAUCGCGCGCAUAAAUCCUCUUUGAGCACUCAGGAUGGGGGUAUCAGUGGCAACGUUAGCGAGCCACUUAAUUAUUUAGGCGAACUUCUUGAAUUAUUGAAGCGCUGGAAAAAUUUGGUCAAACUGCCUUCUAGUCAGAUAAUUUUUGCAGAAUUAGCCAAGCCUUUUUUUAAUUUUCCAGUUAAUGUGGAUGAUUGCAAUCAAGCAUUAGAUAUUUUUGAUUAUAUCAGAAAUACUUUCCGAAAUCCGGAUCCCAAUGAAAAUUUUGCUCGAAUUCAAUGGUGCUGCAAAUUAUUAGAAACACACCAUCAUGCGAUUAAGAUACGAGUUUGUGAUUUAGCGGAAAAUUUGCUCAACAGCACCGCAGCAAAUUCUUAUUUUCCAACUUCAGUUACCGCGAUUCAUGCACUUGUUUACACCUUUGUACAUACAUUAGUGGUAACAUUACCGACAAAUGAUCGAACAGAUGAAACUAUUCGUCUUCAAAGAAUGGUGAACGGUUUUUUGGAACGACUUGCUGCUGGCACCUUAGUUUCCAUUGAUAUUAAUGAAAUGUUUAUUGGUGACGCGCAUGUUCAAAUCAACAAGUACGAUAUUUUAGCCCGAUGCAUAUUUCUUGAAGGAUUGGUCAAAUGCUUAUUGGUUAAACAUAUACAAUUGCGUAAAUAUGUUUUGGCUAAUUUAAUCGAGAAAUAUUGGAUAACACCUGAUCAAACGAUGCAAUUGUCACAUGAGCAUGUCAUCCAACUUUUUGCACAAGCUGCCUUCGAAAUAUUGGCUGAUACUAAAUCUGGUGAUAUUGGCACUACAUAUGGAAUAGAAACACUCCCCUAUUACAUUUUAAAAAUAUUGAAUCAAAGUUUGCCAGCUAAAAAUCUUCGAAAUAUUUCAUCUCAUGUUGUAAAAUCGCUAGUAAGUGUGAUUAUAUCUAUAUUCUCUCUGCAGUUUCAAGAUAGCGCCCUUCCACGAAGUUCUUCGUUAUCAACAUCGACGGUAGAUUUUUUUGCACGAAAUUCAUCAACACUUAAAAGUAGUACAAUUGAAUCGCAUACAACAGAAAUUGCUGUUAUAAAUUUGGCCAAAAAAUAUUUCGAAGAUUUAUGGAAUGAAGGUUGGAAAACAGAAAUAAUUCAACUUGUGAAAGAAGCGCUUGAGCAAGAUAAUCUUGAAAGGUGUAUCUCUAUAUACAAUCAAUUAAUAUAUGGAUUGAAUGAAAGUAUUGGAAGCGAAAUAGUUAAAGAAACGAUUAAUGAUUUUUUUACGAAAAUAGUCAAAGAUGAUCCUGAACCCUUUCCGGAUCUUAAGAAAUUGCUUUUAGCUUUGACCUCAACUCACCGCCCGCAAUUUUACAAACCAAUGUUUGCAUGUGUAGCGUCAGAUUCUGAGACUAAGGUUGCCGAAUACCUUCAUCUUAUUGCCAUUUUGCUGCGUCAUUUAAGCGGAGUUGAAUUAUUUAUGCAAGAUGUAGAAUUAAUGACUGUAAUUAUCCUGAGUGAUGUUGGUGAAAGUAAACGUACCUCUCGUUUGAAAAUGGAUACACAAAAAAGAUCAUCUAAUGUCAAUUGGGGUUCAACGAAUUUGGGCCAGUGUAUUCUCAUUAUGGAAUUCGUAUGGAUCGUACGACAACUAAGGCUACAGAGACUCAAUCGGACGAAGGAUAUCAAACUUGAUGAAUCUGCCAAAAAAUUCUUGAUUGAUCUAGAACAUCGCCUGGCAAUUUAUAUUGCUGCAAAGGAGAAAAGUAAAUUGGUUCCUAUGCCAUUACGUGUUUUGCUUAGCGAUUUAUUUCUUGAAAUUCGUCUUUAUUGCAAGACUACUAAUCGUCCUGGUUGGCUGUCACGUAUGAUAGAUUGGCUAAUUAAUUCUACUCCCGGAACUGUAAUAUAUCGUGAUUCGAUGCUCGGUGGAACAAAUCAGCAACCAAAUAAUCCAUUUGCAACGCUUGCUGAGCUUCGGAUAGACGAGGAUCAACUAGAUGAGGUUGAGAUGAUAUUUCACAGGAUUCGAGUAGUUUAUGCAACAUUAGAUGAUUGGACAUCAGUAGAUGGAGAUAAAGAUGAAAUGUUGGAUGUCCCAGUCCCUGUAAUUCCUAAAACGAUCCCCGUAUCACCAACAUCUCAUAAUACCCUUGGAACUUCUCUAACUCCUUAUCACGAAAUGAAACGUCGUUCAACUGUAGUCACGGCUCCAGCAUUUCCAUGGACCCACCAAUCAUGGAUUUCUGCUAAAACCUCCAAACAAAGAUUACAUCGGUUUACUAGUUUUACUGAAGAUAUAGCAGAAGCAAUUUUAUCACUACUUGUCGCAGCUUCUACAACCUUAGCAGCCGAUGAUUAUGCAAGAUUGGGACCUCAUAUUUGGAAUCGGUUUUUAAAUGAUAGGGAACAUAAAGCUUUUAAUUCAGCUUCAUUUUUAUUCAUUCAGUGUGGUGAGAAUGCACCCACUAUUGUGAAAGAUAUCGUUUCAAGAGAUCUUUAUAGUACGAAUGCAUUAAUCCGCGCUAUGACUCUUCGCAAAAUUUCCUCUCUUUUUGGUCAUCGGCAACAAAUAUUAUUGCAUCCAUAUAUAUCUAAUUCAACCCGCCGUCGUCUAUUUCGUUCGCAACCUCCUGCCAUUCCAUUUGUGCCAACAGAUCUUGGCUCAUCGGAUAUGAUGAUGUAUGAUUCGACACGUGGACCAAAAAUGAAAAAUAUCGCCAGUUUAACUGCUGAUGUUCGUAGACGCAUUCAGGAACUUGGAUGGGAAGAACAGGAUGAAAUUGAACAAGAACGUAUAAAGAGAACUACGACUCCGCUUUCAUUGUUGCCCACUUUCUUUCUUGAUGAUAAUGACUUGAGGCAUGGUGAAGAAAAUGCAUCCUAUCAAAAAUCUCAGGAAAAAAUUGGAACAUUAAGAGCCAAUAAAACUUUACUUUUUAUAAAUCCAACUUUCAAUAAACGUCGAGCAACUAACAUAUCAAUAUUAAGCAAGAUUUCCCUUCAUAUUGUGGAUUUAUUGGACGAUUCCCAUGGAGGUGUAUAUAAUCUUGCUAAGGAAACUAUCUUAUACUUUCUUCGAGAUGAUCCGACUUUAUUUCUACGAAUAUAUUUGAGUGAUUUGGGGAAAUCUGAAUUUCAAGUUCAAAGAGAACUACUUACUCGACUUCGUAUUCUCAUUUCCAUGCAGCACUUUUUCCCACCUGGAUUCACUUAUACACUUUUUAAUCAUCUCGCUGGAAUUUUGAAAUGUUCUGCGCGUGAUAAUAAAAGCAAUGGAUUCGCCCUAAUGAUCAAAACUAUUCCUCUAUUGGCAGAAUUAGUCACAGCAAUAAAUGAAAUGGCAGUUCGUGAUUUUCGAAAAAAUAAAAUAGAAAAUAUACUUUGCAAUAAUGGUCAGUUUUGGUUCACGGAAGGCACUCCUACUUCAAUGUUUCCUCGUCAAAUGAUAGAUCCUCGAAGUAAAUUUGAUAUUUUGAAUAUACCUAUGGAAGUAUUCGAAAUGGCAAUGCUAAGAAUAGGACAUAUACAGUUUAUGACAAACUUUCUAAUUAAAUGUCCAAAAGAAUCAUAUUCAAUGAAAAAAAUGAUUCACACAUUUGAGUCUAUCCGAGAUGAAUUCGACAAUUCAAUAAACGCGUUGAGUGAUGAUGAACGAUAUUUCCCGGUCAUACCAAAUCAAAAUAGCAAUUCGUCUAGAAUCGAAUUUAAAGCAAUUACUCGUCAUGAAAAAGAUUCUCGAUUACUCUCUGCUCUUAGAGCUCGCGCAUGGCUCAAUUUUUUACAAUCAUUAAUAUUAGGACUUUAUCGUAAUUAUAAUGAUCGUACAGAACUUAAUAAAUUAUUAGAAGGAGUCAAUACUAUUUUCCUUGAUCAUCAAAAUGAUUUCGGAAUUGUCAGUCAAACACUCGUUCUAUAUAUGAAGAUGAUAACACGGUUUAGACGAUUAUUCGAUACAAAUCGAGGAUAUGCAAUGUUUAUCCCGGCUCUAUUUAAGGUCUUUUGUGAAUCCGAGAAAACACAACCAAUACGUUUGGCAAUUACUUUUUCGUGGUGUCAAUUUUAUAAAGUCCAUGGUGAAUCUUUUGUCUUUCAAGCAGUUGGAUGCUUAUCACCGUUAAUAUUAAAAGGUUUUGGUAAAUCUUUGGCACUCGGUGAAUGGAUGUGUACAUCAUUGUAUCUUUUAUUUAAAGCAUUGAAUUAUCCUAUGAAAUGGACAGAUGCGCUUGGUAUACAAGAAGACUUGUCAGAAGAGUCGGAUACUAUAGACUAUGGUGUCCUUGAUCCUGCAGCAUUGCUUAAUAACGUAAACACUGCAUUGGCAAGGAGGGCUGGAAAACUUCAAGAAGAUUCUAAAAUCUUUGCAUUGGAUGAUUUGCUUCGUUUAUUCCUGACUAUCAUUGCAUAUGAUCCUGGUUCAUCACGUGCUGAACAAAUGGUGCAAAUUCUACGUUAUCUCCUUCCACAUUUGUUGCAAGAAUCUUCUUUGAUGAAAUCAAUGGUUGAGGAUGGGAUUAAUGCUUUGACGGAAGUUUUCUUGAAAUUUGGUAAGACAGCGAAAUCAGUUCCUCAACAUUUUUCGGAUGCACUAUCAUCAGACCCGACCAAUAGCGUAUUAGGAGAUAAUUCUGGAUUAUCUGAAAAUAUUCCGAAUACAGCCAGAAGCAGCCGAGUUACAGAAGCUGCAACAAUGCAAGCAUACGGUAAACAAUGGCAUCAAAAUGACCGCAUAACCAUAAAAAGAUAUUUCUUAUUAUUAAUACAAACGUAUCGGAAAAAUGGAGGGGUACUUUCCGAUAAUAUUCAAAAUAAAUUGGGUAAUAUAAUACGGUUAAUUUUAAAAGAUUAUUCCACAACAACAAAACGUUCUUCCACUAAAUUUCUUAAAGAAUAUAUUGUAAAUGUAUUAUUGCAUAAUGCCACAUUCGAAGAUGGACGAAGACCGAUAACUACUUUUUUGCGACACCUUGCGCCUUUAUUUCGACAGCACUAUAAAACCAUGGAUUUCUCUGAACUCAUUGAUGGUAUUACUUUAAUAGUGACAAAUAAAUGUGAAUUUGCAUUGAAUGAUCAAGGAAUUGCAUCUGUUAUACGGGAAAAAUUCCUAUCAUUCGGACUUUCAGUUGCACUUAGACCUGAUUGGGAAGAAGGGGAACGAUUCCAAUUAUGCUUUUGUCAAUCUUUAGUAAAGUUAUUUGUGGCGAUGAUGGUGAAUACAGAUCAGGAUUUGGUGAUGGAAUUAGAGAAAACUCCACCAUCUAAUCAGUUCAUUGCAUACAUCUUAACACCAAUAUUCUUAGAGUUAGAACUCGAAAACAAUCUAUUCACGCCUAUGCCAUCAACAAAUACUUUACGUCAUCAAAAGCACAAAGCAAUUAAUUAUUGGCUAAGACUACUAGCAUAUGUAAUUAAGGUGUGUAAUAGAGAAUUUAUAAUGAGAUCAAAAACAACUGCUUUCAAUUUCCUUGGAUCGUCAUCACAAACAGAAACAGAUACAAAAACUGAUAAAUUACCAGCAGAAAAUAUUAUUCGUAAUAACAGUAAAACAAUGCCAUCGACUGUUCAAGCCGCUGCUUUAUUUAUGAUUAGUUUCAAUGCUUUGAAAAUUAUUUUGAUUCGAGCUGAAAUAUAUAUAACAGCAGUACCAGGAAUGUGGUUACAUAUAUCUCAAUUUAUCCGUAAAACAUUAGAAACAUCUGCGAUGACGCAAUCAAAAUCUGGAUUAUAUUCUCGAGGAUCAACUCCAUCAAUUAGUAAUGCAAAUUUAUUAGUAAAUCCACAAGUAGCAGAUGUAAAACAAGAAAAUGGUAGCAAUAUAUUGAUAAAUGAGAGAAUCAAUGUUAUUUUAAAUUCGCAAUCUAUCACGACAACUCCGAAAAAUUUAUCCGUUUCUUCGACAGCUCUCGACUUUGUUCUAUGGACUUUUUUAGAAUUAAUUGUGUUCUAUAAACUUCCUUUGAAUAUAUAUUUAAGAACGUUCAUUCAUCAAAAAAUCGAUAAUGUAACGUCAAUAUCCAAUACGAAUAAUUCACGGAAUCGUCAGUCAUUUGAUUUAGCAUCGAGAUCCCCUUCGCCUAACGGUGCAGGUUCUCGUGAAUCAGGACGAGCACGUUGGAAAAGUUGGGGCGGUCCACCUGCCAGUUUACAACAGAAUAAUACAUCUUCACAUCAAAUGAAUAAAGAAGCUUCUACCACUACUAGUACUAAUAAGUUAGACACUAUAAAAACUCUGGAAAGGCCAGAAAUUUUACCAACCGUCAAUUAUGAGAUAGGCAAACACUCGGAUGACAAUAAUCAUAAUAAUAACCGAAUAUCUAAUACUGCGACAUUAGGGACGACCAUGACAAACGCCACGCUGAAAUCUUUGCAUAAUGUUCAUAGAUUCAUGGGAUACGAAAACGGAAUUAAUAAUCAUCAUAAUUCCUUCAUAAAACAUUCACCUUCAUCGUUGUCGUCGUCGCCAUCACCGCAGGAAUCACGUUCGUGGACCUACCUUCAAGCGAUUCGUAAACUGAAAGGAGAAAAACGUCUGAUAAUGGAAUCUUAUUCCAUGGUAUUCAAUUUAACAGGUUCAAACAACCGCAACAGUAGUAACAAUAAUAUCAAUGGGGUAAACGUGGAAAAUUCAGGAUAUUUAUGGUGA